AUGGAUAUAAAGGUCGCGAAAAGGACGGAACGAUGUGGUGUGACGACGUGUGUGUAUUGGCAAGCUGGUAAAUGCAACAGAAAUCCAUGCAGAUUUUUGCACGGAGAAUCACCACUGCCAUCUACACCUUAUCACGAUGCCAGAAGGCCCAAUACUGCUUAUCGUUAUUCAAGGAGGCCCCAUUUGUCUGAGAACACCUCCAAGUGUAACUCAAAGACAGUAUUGAUUAGAAAGAGUGCAGAUAAAGAAGAUGGGACAAGUGUUGCCAAGAGUUCUCAGAAGCCAUCACCAAUUAUAUGUAAAUACUGGAUAAAUGGCAAUUGUGUACAUGGUGAACGGUGCCGGAAUUUACAUUCAUGGUUUUAUGGUGAUGGGUUUUCCACAUUGGCAAAGCUUCAAGGCCACAAGAAGGUCAUCACUGGGAUUGCCCUUCCAGUUGGGUCUGACAAACUUUAUUCCGGCAGCACUGAUGGGACAGUUCGUAUAUGGGACUGCCACAAUGGUCUAUCUGCAAAUGUGAUAAAUCUUGGGGCUGAAGUUACCUCUUUGAUCAGCGAGGGGCCAUGGAUUUUUGUUGGUGUGCGAAAUGCUGUCAAGGCUUGGAAUAUUCAGACUGCUUCAGAAUUUACUCUUGAUGGACCUAAAGGACAAGUCCUUGCCAUGGUUGUUGGCAAUGAUACACUUUUUGCUGCAGCAGAGAAUGGUGAAAUUUCUGCUUGGAGAGGCAGCUCUAGCUCUGAAGCCACGACCCCUUUUGACCCAGUUGCUUCACUAACUGGCCACACUAAAGCUGUUGUUUGCCUGGCUGUUGGAGGCAAAAUGCUGUUCUCAGGGUCCAAGGACCAAAGUAUAAAGGUUUGGGACCUUGAUACAUUACAGUGUAAAAUGACACUCAAUGAGCAUACUGACGUGGUCACAUCCCUUAUUUGUUGGGACCAUUAUUUGUUAUCAAGUUCAUCUGACUGCACAGUUAAAAUCUGGGUUGCCACUGAAGAGGGAACUUUGAAGGUGACAUAUACGCACCGAGAGGAAAAUGGUGUUGUUUCACUCUUUGGGAUGCCUAAUGCAGAAGAGAAGCCAAUAUUAUUUGUCUCGUGCAGAGACAAUUCAGUUCGCAUGUAUGAGUUGCCAUCAUUUUCAGAGAGGGGUCGAUUAUUUGCAAAGCGAGAGGUUCGAUCAAUGGAGUUAGGUCCCGGUGGUCUCUUCUUCACUGGUGACGGGACUGGUUUGCUGACGGUUUGGAAAUGGUUGGAAGAAUCCAAGAUGGCUUCCUCUUAA